UGUGAGACAAGAGUGAACGACGGUGACGGAGUGUCGGAGGGGAGAAGUCUUGGAGAAUACUGCAACGACCAGCGCCGUUCCCGUUGCUGUCGGACGUUGUUCCUCUCCAGCAUGGUUCAGAAGGUGGCAGUGAUCGGCGCUGGGGUUUGUGGUCUGAUCAGCAUCAAGGCCUGUUUGGACGAAGGUCUGGAGCCCACCUGCUUUGAGAGCAGCCAUGAAAUUGGAGGUCUGUGGAGAUUCAAGGAGGAGCCAGAGCCUGGACGUGCCAACAUCUAUCAGUCGGUGGUCAUCAACAGCUCCAAAGAGAUGAUGUCUCUCAGCGACUUCCCGGCUCCAGCUGAGCUCCCCAACAACAUGCACCACUCUGAGGUGCUGCUGUACCUUCGCCUCUACGCUCAGGCCUUCAGACUGCUGCAGCACAUACACUUCAAGACGUCUGUGGUCAGUGUGAGGCAGACCCCAGAUUUUGCAGCGACAGGCCGGUGGGAGGUGGAGACAGAGAGGAGAGACGGUCGGAGGCAGACUGCUGUUUUUGAUGCAGUGAUGGUUUGUAGCGGACACUUCACCAAACCUCACCUGCCUCUCAGAGACUUCCCAGGUAUUGAGAGCUUCAAAGGUAGAUACUUCCACAGCUGGGAUUAUCGCAACGCUGAGGGUCUGCAAGGUAAAAGAGUGGUGGUGAUCGGGAUUGGGAACUCCGGAGGCGACAUCGCUGUGGAUAUCAGUAGAGUUGCUGAGAAGGUGUUCCUCAGUACCAGGAGCGGAGCGUGGGUCAUCAGCCGCUUGGGACAGGGGGGGCUCCCGGCUGACCUGGUUGGGACUUCUCGAGUGGAUGCGAUGAUGCAGAAGCUCUUCCCCUCGUGGAUCAACAGGAUGGUGGAGAAGAAGAUGGACGAAGCAUUUGACCACAGACUGUAUGGUCUGAAACCAAAACAUGGUUUUUUCACACAGAUCCCUCUUGUGAAUGACGACCUGCCAGCUCGGAUCAUCUCGGGUCGGGUUCAGGUGAAACCAAAUGUGAAGGAGUUCUGUGGAUCCAGGGUGGUCCUGGUGGAUGGGAGCAUCAUAGACAAGGUGGACAUAGUGGUGUUUUCCACAGGGUACAACUACAGCUUCCCCUUCCUGCCCUCAGCUCUGCAGGCUAAACGUGGUGACAAGCUGUGUCUCUACAAGCACGUGUUCCCUCCUGCACUGACUAAGCCGACUCUGGCGGUGGUGGGCUUCAUCCAAAGCUUCGGGGCGAUCAACCCUCUUGCUGAGAUGCAGGCCCGCUGGGUCACAAGAGUGUUUAAAGGCUUAACCACCCUCCCAUCAGAAGAGACCAUGAUGAAGGAAAUUGAAAAAGACACAGCAGCUAUUCAUCAGAGAAAGUGUAACCCCCACCAGGUGAACUACAUCCCUUACCUGGACUCUCUGGCAGAGCAGGUGGGGGUUAAACCAAAUAUACUGUGGCUCUUGCUGACAGACCCCAGACUGGCUCUGCAGGUUUUGCUGGGUCCCUGUACUUCUUACCAGUAUCGUCUGACUGGACCGGGCCAGUGGGCCGGAGCCCGUCAGGCCAUUCUCACUCAGUGGGAGCGGGUGCAUCAGCCUUUCAGGACCAGAGUGGUACCAGAACCAGAGACCAGACCCUCCUCUAGACGGAGCAUCAUUGUGAUUGUUUCAGGUGCAGCGCUGCUGUGCUCCUUCUUCUCUCCUCUGGCAUUCUUCAGACCUCCUCAGUAAGACGGAGUGGUUGUUUACAUUAAUGAUGGAAACAGACGGCAACACAUUCUCUUUAUCAAAGAGCUUUAGGCAGAGCAUGUUUUUAGACUGUACUAAUUUAACAAUUUGAAUGAGAAAUAAAGUCUUAAAAAAUGAACAUGCUCGUUUUGGCUAAGUCUGUACAGCAUACAACGUACUGAAUGUAUGUAAA